AUGUGUUUCCAGGGUGGUGAACAUGACAGCAAAUACGAUCAUGAAGCAUUUUUGGGAAAGGAUACGGCUGCAGAAUAUGACGAUUUAACACCUGAAUUAAGCAAGGAGAGACUCUCAAAACUUUUUCCGAAGAUGGACAGCGAUGGUGAUGGUUUUCUUGUUGAAAAGGAACUUAAAGAUCAUAUCGAAUUCAUGCAGAAGAGAUACGUUAAUAACGAUGUGGACAGAACAUGGAAAAACUACAAUGAAGAUAAAAUAAAAGAAGGAAAACUCGAGUGGAAAGAUUACAGAGAGAUGGUUUACGGUUCUCCGGAUGGUGAAGGCCAGGAGCUAUCUCCGGAAUACGCAAAAAUGAUUACUCGCGACGAACGACGAUGGAAGGCUGCUGAUUACGAUUCGAAUGGAGUUCUCGAUCGAACUGAAUACGGCUGUUUCAUGCAUCCAGAAGAUUGCGAUCACAUGCGCGAUAUUGUCGUUGCAGAAACGAUUGAAGAUAUCGACAAAAAUAAAGAUGGAUUCGUUGAUUUGGAGGAAUAUAUUGGCGAUAUGUAUCGACCAGAGGAUUAUCCAGAAUUAAAUGGAAAAGAACCUGACUGGGUGGCAAGCGAGCGCGAUAUGUUCAAGGAACAUCGUGAUAAAGAUGGUGAUGGUAAAUUGAAUCAGGAUGAAAUGCGUGACUGGAUAAUGCCUGUUGGAUUCGACCAUGCAGAAGCCGAAGCAAAACACCUCAUCGGUAUUGCGGAUGAUAAUAAAGACGGCAAACUCUCAAUGGAAGAAAUAUUGGAGCAUUACGACACGUUCGUUGGAUCGCAAGCAACUGAUUAUGGAGAGCAGUUGCAAAAGCAUGAUCCAUCUGAACUCUAA